AUGGGGAGGAAUAAGGAUAUCACAACUGAAAAGAAAUCAAAAAGUUUGCACAAGGAUGAAUUUGAAAUUUUAGACGAACAAGAUGAAUCUAAGCAUCCUUUUUAUGCAUCUCCAUUAUUUGAUUUCCUUUACCCAUUUCGUUCUCCUGGUAGUCAAUGGAUGACACAAUACAUUAUCGUUUUAUUUGUUCUCAUCAUCUCCACUGCGAUUGGGUUGGGUCCAUAUUCAGGAUUUAAUACACCUCCAAUGUUUGGUGACUUUGAAGCACAGAGACAUUGGUUAGAGAUUACACAACAUUUGCCAAUUUCAAAGUGGUAUUGGUUUGAUCUACAAUAUUGGGGGUUAGAUUAUCCACCAUUAACGGCGUAUCACUCCUAUUUGUUAGGUAAGAUUGGUUCCUUUUUCUGGCCUAAGUGGUUUACACUAGAUGAGUCUCGUGGAAUGGAAGACGAAGGCAUUAAAAGUUAUAUGCGUUUUACGGUGUUGCUGAGUGAAUUGAUCUGUUAUAUUCCUGCCGUUCUUUAUUUCACUAAGUGGGUGGGUAAGCGUAGAAACCAAUCGCCUUUAAGUCAAAGCUUGGCUGCAGCUGCUAUUUUGUUCCAGCCUUCUUUAAUGCUAAUUGAUCAUGGUCAUUUUCAAUAUAAUUGUGUGAUGUUGGGUUUCACUGUUUUGGCAAUUAAUAAUCUAUUGGACGAAUUUUAUUCAUUGGCUGCGGUAUGUUUCGUCUGUUCUAUAUGUUUUAAGCAGAUGUCCUUGUAUUAUUCUCCAAUAAUCUUUGCCAUCCUAUUAAGUAAAUCUUUGUUUCAUCCUAAGUGGUUAAAUAUUCCAAGAUUAUUUGCUAUCUCCAUUUCUACUCUGGCAACAUUUGCAGUUAUAUAUAUGCCUCUAUACAUGUUUGGCGGUGAUUCAGGUUUACAAAACGUUCUACAGUCUAUUCAUAGAAUAUUUCCAUUUGAAAGAGGUAUUUUUGAGGAUAAAGUAGCUAAUUUUUGGUGUGUCACCAAUGUGAUAGUUAAAUAUAGAUCACUUUUCACCCAAGAACAAUUAAAAUUAUAUUCAUUGGUAGCCACGGUUGUUGGCUUUUUACCCUCCUUUAUUAUUAUUCUAUUACACACAAAGAAGCAUUUGAUACCAUACGCAUUGAUUACUUGUUCGAUGUCAUUUUAUCUAUUCAGUUUUCAAGUUCAUGAAAAGACUAUUUUAGUCCCCUUGUUACCUAUCACUUUGAUGUUUGUUUCAUCAGACUGGAAUGUUUUAUCUAUGAUUUUUUGGAUCAAUAACGUUGCGUUAUUCACAUUGAUGCCAAUACUCAAAAAAGAUGGUCUUAUCUUACAAUACGCCGUAAUUUUUAUUAUGUAUAAUUGGUUAUUUGGUAAUUUCAGUUUUGUUACACCAAAGUUUCUACCAAAAAGUGUCACACCAGGUCCAUCAAUGAGUAAUAUUUCUUCCCAUUAUCGUCAUAGAAGUUUAUUGCCAGAUAAUCUUGUAUGGAAAUUCAUUAUUGUAGUGUCCUACAUAUGCAUGGUGGCUAUUCACAUUGCCGAUUAUAUGUUUCAACCUCCUUCAAGAUACCCAGAUCUAUGGGUUCUAUUAAACUGUGCUCUUGGAUUUGGUUGUUUUGUAUUGUUUUGGUUUUGGAGUUACUAUAAAUUAUUCACUCUAAGAAAUAAGACUAUACGAGAUGUAUAA